GUAUGAGCCCGAGUUACAUCCCGGCGUGACAUACAAAAUUAAAGAAUUUAAAGCUACAUUAAAAAUAUAUUCUACUGGAAGCAUUACUGUUAAUGCUCCGAGUGAAGAAAUAGUUCAACUUGCCAUUGAACACAUAUAUCCAUUAAUAUUACCAUUCAAGUUAACCAACUUAUUGAACGAUAAAUGCCUUGUAAAAGUUAUUAAAGGAAGAAAAUCCCAGGAAGAAAAUACCGGAAUAUUGGAAGACAAUGGACGUUUUCACAUACACCAUCGUCCCGUCGAAGGAUUAGUGAUUAAACGUUGGAAAUUACCUAAAUUAGAAAAAAAAUAGGAUAUAAAUGACUAUACGUAACAUUUGAUUUUUCUUCCGUAGUCAUAAUGCGUGUUAAAUUUUAACCGUAGGUUUUUUCUUCAAUUUAUUUAUAAU